UAAGGAUUUUUCUAGUUGUACAUCGGUUACCAAUCUCUUAACAAGAGGAGGGAAAUUGACACCCCAGUAUACCGAUCCCCUCACAAGAGAGGGGUUGCGGUGUCAAAUUCGGUGUACAUGUGGAAAAACCCAAGCACGGUCGCACCGGCCUGCCACCACGGCCUCACGGUCGAACGGUCGUGGGCUAUAAACGCCCAAACCGUUCGGUCUGGGGUUUCUUCAUUUCUUCUCCCAAUAACCACACGCCUCCAAUUCAUAAAUUUGGUACUUCAAACACACCAAAUCCGUCAAAAAGAUGAGAAAUUUGGCAGCAACAUCUCUGUUCCCUAUUCUCAAAUUUUGUGUUUUACAAUUUCAAUCACAUCGUUUCUGAUUUUUUCCAUUUUUAAUUAGAUUUGCUCUGGACUUCUUCGGUCCAAAGAAUUAAUAUAUACAAUACCUUAAUUUUUUUUGACACAAUAAUAGAACCCUCAAUUUACAAGUGUGAUCUAAAAGUAAAAUUGUAAUAGAGUUAGAAAAUAGAGUGUUUCUUUGGUGGGUUUGCUAUGGCUGAUGCGUUGUCUGUGAUUCCAAUGGCGGUUCUCCGUAACCUCUCCGAUAAGCUCUAUGAAAAGCGCAAAAAUGCGGCUCUUGAGGUGGAAGGGAUAGUGAAGCAAUUAGCGAUGGCAGGGGAUCAUGAUAAAAUUACCGCGGUGAUCAAUUUGUUGACCACCGAGUUUACCCACUCGGCUCAGGCUAAUCAUCGCAAAGGAGGGUUGAUAGGAUUGGCUGCCGCAACGGUAGGUUUGACUUCGGAAGCAGCACAGCAUCUUGAGCAAAUUGUACCAUCAGUCUUGUAUUCCUUUUCUGAUCAAGAUAGCAGAGUUCGUUAUUAUGCAUGUGAAGCUCUGUAUAACAUAGCAAAGGUUGUGAGAGGAGAUAUUAUUGUGUUCUUCAAUGAGAUUUUUGAAGUUCUAUGUAAGCUUUCCACUGAUUCAGAUCCCAAUGUACAAAGUGCUGCUCAUCUUUUAGAUAGACUUGUAAAGGAUAUUGUUACAGAAAGUGAUCAAUUCAGUAUUGAAGAAUUUAUACCACUGUUGAGAGAACGAAUGAAUGUCCUAAACCCUUAUGUGCGCCAAUUUCUGGUAGGAUGGAUUACUGUUCUAGACAGCGUUCCCGAUAUAGAUAUGCUUGGUUUUCUUCCUGAUUUUCUUGAUGGCUUAUUUAACAUGCUAAGUGAUUCCAGCCAUGAAAUAAGGCAACAAGCUGAUUCAGCACUUUCAGAAUUUCUUCAAGAAAUAAAGAAUUCUCCAUCUGUAGAUUAUGGUCGCAUGGCUGAAAUACUGGUACAGAGAGCAGCUUCGUUGGAUGAAUUUACUAGGUUGACUGCUAUUACUUGGAUCAACGAGUUUGUGAAACUUGGCGGGGAUCAACUUUUUCCUUAUUAUGCUGAUAUUCUUGGAGCCAUUCUGCCCUGCAUAUCUGAUAAGGAGGAGAAAAUAAGAGUUGUUGCUCGUGAAACAAAUGAAGAACUUCAUGGAAUCAAGGCUGAUCCGGCUGAAGGAUUUGAUGUAGGAGCAAUCCUCUCAGUAGCAAGGAGGCAUCUAUCUAGUGAAUGGGAGGCAACGCGUAUUGAAGCAUUGAACUGGAUAUCAACUCUCUUAAAUAGAUAUCGAUCGGAGGUUUUGUCUUUUCUGAAUGACGUUUUCGAUACUCUUCUGAAGGCGCUUUCAGAUCCUUCUGAUGAGGUAGUGCUUCUGGUAAUUGAGGUGCAUGCAUGCAUAGCCAAAGACGACAAGCACUUUGUCCAGCUCCUUGUAGAUUUAGUUCAAAAUUUUCGAGUAGACAAUACUCUUCUGGAGAAACGUGGUGCUCUGAUAAUUCGCCGACUUUGCGUACUAUUAGAUGCUGAAACAGUUUAUCGAAAGCUUUCUACAAUAUUUGAAAGUGAAUCUGAUUUGGAUUUUGCGUCUAUUAUGGUUCAGGCUUUGAACUUGAUUUUGCUCACUUCAUCUGAGUUGUCUGGCCUUCGAGACCUCCUCAAACAAUCCCUGUUUAAUGAUGCUGGGAAAAAUUUAUUUCUUGCUUUAUAUUCCUCGUGGUGCCAUUCAGCAAUGGCUAUAAUAAGCCUUUGCUUAUUAGCUCAGACUUACCGGCAUGCAAGUUCCGUCAUUCAAUCUCUGGUUGAGGAGGAUAUCAAUGUUAAGUUUUUAGUCCAGUUGGAUAAAUUGAUCCAUCUUCUAGAGACUCCUACAUUUGCUUACCUUAGGCUACAGCUCCUCGAACCUGGAAGAUAUAUAUGGUUGUUGAAAGCCUUGUAUGGUCUCUUGAUGCUCCUUCCCCAGCAAAGUGUAGCCUUCAAAAUUCUACGGACUCGAUUAAAAACUGUGCCUGCCUUCAGUGGCGAACAGUUCAAGCAAAUAUCAUCUGGAAAUUCAUUUUUGGAUGUUAAUCACAUUGGAGAUGGUGACCUAAAUGAAGGAACAAAGUGUGUUCACAAUGGAAUAAACUUCGCUUCUAGCCUGCAGCAGCUGGAGCGCAUUCAGCAGCAGCACCGCAGUCAUUCAAAGAUGCAAGCACAGUAUCGCAACAUUUCUUCAUCCACAAAGGUUUGUUUUCGUUGAAGUCUAGUUAUUAGAUUGUCAUU